AUCCGCACUCACUCGUCCACCUCAGGAAAAGUUUGACCCGGUGUUUCUUCCUCCUUCCCAGCAGCGAGUGCUGGUUGUUGGCUGUGCAGACUGACGCUGCGGUGCAGGUCUCGGAGCAGCACAGGCCGGGCCCAGUGCUGCAGGUUGUCCGGUAGGGUGCCCGCCCGCCUGCCUGCAGAGCUGUUGAUGUCAGGAGCAGAGGAGGGGGACGCGAGGAAUGGCUGAAAACAGACGGUGAUCUCCUGCGAGGGGGAAACAGCAAGUGAUCGUCCGGUUACCGAGAGUUUCACCGGAUCCGCUUCACAGCGACGCGACACCAGGCGCCGAUCGGCGUUUUCUCCGGGAGAGGGAGGGGGUGGGGGGGUUAUUUAAUGGGACAACGAAAACGGCACAAAAAAAACGCAAGGUAGGCUCCCGCUCCUGUCGCCAGCUCCGCCGCUAAAUGUUCACUCACAGGGGGUCGAGGAGACAUGUCCAGCCCCUCGCCUUCGAAGGCAGCUCCCGGGUCUGUAUCGCUCAACUUUACGUGAACGUGGGUGUUUUUUCGCUGGGGGCUCGUUAAAACGUGUGAUAUGUUUUGAGAGGAAAAAAGCGUCAUCUCUUCAUGCCUAAGCCGAGAGAACCGCAUGAGAGGAAGCCCGGAGCCGACUAACACGCCGCGGACAAAGCCUCCCCUUCCCGCCCGCCUUUCCCUCCCGUCGCCUUCCACCUGAACCGAACGGGCAGACACAAUGCGUGGGGAUCUGCUGUGGAUGUGUCUGUGGGCUCUGCUCCGUCCUGCCGCCGCCGGUCAAGGGCAGUCGGCGGCCGUGUGUUCGCCGUCGUGCGGCUGCGAUGAAGAUGGAGGUGCGGACUGCUCGGGCAGAGGACUGACCAGCGUCCCGGCCGGACUCAGUGCCUUCACCUACUAUCUUGACCUGAGCAUGAACAACAUCACUGAGCUCCCGGCCUACAUAUUCAAGAACUUCCCCUAUCUGGAAGAACUACGACUUGCGGGGAAUGACCUGUCAUUCAUCCACCCUGAAGCCCUGUCUGGCCUGCAUCAGCUCAAAGUCCUGAUGCUCCAGAAUAAUCAGCUUAAGACGGUUCCCAGUGCAGCCCUGAAGAACCUUCAAUCGCUCCAGUCUCUUCGCCUGGACGCGAAUCAUAUCACCACGGUUCCAGACGACAGUUUUGAAGGCCUUCAGCAGCUGCGUCACCUGUGGUUGGACGACAACAACCUGACGUCUGUCCCCGUCAGUUCUCUGGGUCACCAGGGAAACCUUCAGGCUCUUACGUUGGCACUCAACCGCAUCUCGUACAUACCAGACAACGCCUUCGCAAACCUCACCAGUCUAGUUGUGCUACAUCUCCAUAACAACAGAAUUAACGAGAUAGGAGACAACUGCUUUGCCGGACUGUUGAACCUGGAGACGCUAGACCUGAACUUCAACAACCUGAUGGUUUUUCCCAAAGCUAUUGAGGCUCUGCCCAAACUGAAGGAACUCGGUUUUCACAGCAACGAUAUUGCCUCCAUACCUGAAGGGGCCUUUCAUAACAACCCCCUACUGCGAACCAUACAUCUCUAUGACAACCCUCUGUCCUUCGUGGGCACCACAGCUUUCCAGAAUCUGUCCGACCUGCAUUCACUGAUGUUGCGUGGGGCCAGUAUGAUGCAGGACUACCCCGUCCUGACGGGGACUAAUAACCUUGAAAGCCUGACCCUGUCAGGAACCAAGAUAUCGUCCACCCCCGCUGAUCUGUGUGACGAUCUCAAGUUGCUCAGAACGCUAGACUUGUCCUACAAUGAGAUCGAGGGGCUGCCGGCGCUGCAGGGCUGCGUCCGACUGCAGGAGAUAAGCUUUCAGCACAACCAUAUACAACAAAUUGAGAGAAACACUUUCCAGGGUCUCUCUGCUCUACGUCUACUGGACCUGAGUAGGAAUGAAAUCCGAGUCAUUCACCCAGAUGCUUUCCUCAGCCUCACUGCACUAACCAACCUAGAUCUGAGUAUGAACUCUCUGACUGUGAUUUCAACAACUGGACUCAGCGCCCUCAGUCAGCUCAAACUCUCUGGGAACCCACAGAUGAAAAAUGUGCUGACAGCAAAAAACCUUCCCAAACUCAGGUCCAUCUCUGUCCCGUACGCCUACCAGUGCUGUGCGUUUGUCGGAUGUGACUCAGGGACGAGCUCCUCUGAGGAAAACGACAUAAAGAAAUCGACAGCGGGGGAGGAUGUGGAAAGAAUCUCGAUGAUUAUGCACUGCUCUCCUUCACCAGGAGCUUUUAAGCCGUGUGAGCAUCUCCUUGGUAACUGGAUGAUUCGUCUGACGGUCUGGUUCAUCUGUCUGGUGUCGCUGGUCUUUAACGGGCUGGUGCUGGUGGCCACCUUCUCCUCCGCACACCGAGCUCCAGGCCAUUCCCACUCCCCGUCCCUCUCUCCAGCCAGGCUGCUCAUGGGGCUGUUGGCGUUGGCCAAUCUGCUCACAGGUGUGUAUGUCGGCGUGCUGACCGUGCUCGACGUUGCUACCUGGGGCUCCUUCGCGGAGUUCGGAUUGUGGUGGGAGAUGGGGCCCGGCUGUCAGAUCUCAGGAGCUCUGGCCGUCUUCUCGUCUGAGUGGGCGGUCUUGUUACUGUCCCUGGCAGCCGUGGAGCGCAGCGUGGCUGUGCGGACUAUUCUCGGGAAAGUAAUGAUGUCCCCCAGGAGGAACGUCGGCAGCCCUCAAGGAUGCUGGAGAGGAGGUCGACGCUUCAGCCUGGCUGCAGGACUACUGGGGCUGCUGGCUGCAGCUGCGGCCUGCCUGUCUCUCCUGACCACCAGCGACCAGACGGCGUCUCCCCUCUGCCUGCCCUUUGCUGGUGGCGAGAGUCCAGCUCUGAGUGUCACUGUGAUUCUGGUGCUGCUCAACGCGCUGGCCUUCCUGUUCACUGCAGCCGUGUAUACCGAGAUGUACUGCCACCUUGGCAGGGUGGAGCUGGCUGAUCCGGAGCAGACGGGUGCCCUGCGACAUGUUGCCUGGCUCAUUUUCACCAAUUGCAUCUUCUUCUGCCCUGUGGCGGCGUUCUCCUUCGCCCCCCUCUUGACUGGCUCCACAGCUGGCGGCCCAGAGAUCGCCAAGUCUGUCACCCUCAUUUUCUUCCCGCUGCCCGCGUGCCUGAACCCAGUGCUGUACGUGUUCUUCAGCCCGGCCUUCAGGGAGGACUGGCUGAGACUACGUGGACGCAGAGGUUUGACCAGAGAGGUGAAGGCUGGUGCUGAGAGUCAUGGAGACGAUGGCGGAGGAGGGUCUGAGCUCACUGACGGAGGCUCCUCCACCCACCUGGGCUUUGACUGUGGGGUGUACUCGCAGCUCUGUGGAGAGACAGUUGUGUGCGAGCAGUGCGAGGCAGCGCUGCAUGCCAGGACCUGCUCUUCCCCCUCGUCCUCCACAGUCUGUAGACACUUGGUGAAGUCUCACAGUUGUCCCACCCUCAUGGCGGGCGCGGCCGUGUGCCAGCGUGCCGAGGGGUUCUGGGCCGACAGCGGCACGCCCUCCGCUCAGUCUGAGUAUGCAGAUGAGGGGGACUCGUUUGUGUCGGACAGCUCAGACCAGGUUCAGGCCUGUGGCAGAGCGUGCUUCUGUCAGACCAGAGGCCUCCCGCUCGUUCACUACUCAUACAACAUACCUCGAGUCAAGGACUAAGGAGACUUCAGAGUUCCACUGUGUGCACAGAUCUCUCUCUCUCAUGUGAAUGUAGGUCCUGCAAGAAUAAAUAAGCAUUUUCUUUUACCGGACAACAACAUGUGCCAACUACCCUGUUGAAAGACUAUUCAGCAAGCACUUAUGUAAACACAGUCGCAACCAGCCGUUUAAAGGGAACCUGGGACUUGUCUGAGUGAACUGAAAUGAGCACAUCGUGUCACAAACUGGUCAACAAAGGACCUUGCAAAGGAAACUGUGGCCACCAGUGCCUUCCUCUUGCUUUCGAGUGGAUAUCAUGAUGUUGCGAUUUACGUGUCAAAGAUUGUGAUUUAUCUUUUCCCUGUAAUUCUAAGCUUUUAAAAUUUUAUUUUUUAAUUUUAUACUCUGAUUUUUAAAACUAUCAAUGUAGCAGAAUGUAGUAAUUAUCCUAGACUUUUCCGUUUGAAUGUAAUAACUUCUGGCCUUACUGCCUGCGAUCAGUGAGGAGGGUAAACGCCAGUCUAUUAUAAAAACAACUUCUUUGCUUUAAGUUACUAAGACUAAGAAUGUGAUGAAAGUAGCAGAUAUCACUGUUUAAGCAACAACCAUGCUCGGUGGUUUUGAAAGAUGUUAUUUAUUGUGUGAGAAGCAGGGGCUUCUGGGUUGAGAGGAUUUCAGGUGUUUAAAAGGCUGCCUUUGAAUGAUGCAUAUACAAUAGAAACAAAGCAUUUGCCAAAAUAGAAGCACCUCUUUUUGUUUUAAUUGUUCAUAAAAUACAAAAAUAUGCAAACAGGGUUAGGUCAUUCAUUUUUUGUUUGGAAUCAAAAAUGAUUCCUGAUCGUUUUUAAAUAUCAGCCUUAUUCCUGAGUGUUUUCUACCUUCCUCUUUGAAUUGGAUCAAAACUUUUCUUUUAUCUUAAACUGCACAAAAGCCCAUAAAUAAUUCGAAGUAAAGUAGCACUUAAGUGCGUUUUGCUGUUCUCUAAUGUUCAGAUUCAUUUUGCCUGACACAAUAAUGUUGACUUGAUGCUGCGUGGAUUAGCUUAAAAAACCAAAGGAUUAAACAACACGAUAUAGCAUGAUAAAUAAUGAGCUGUAGAUAGUGGUAUGUGGAUGGCGUUUCCUUCAGAUGGACUAAUGCUAGCUGCUUCCGAGCUCUAUGCUAAGCUAAGUGUCUAAGGAUGAGAAGUAUUGCUUUUCAUGUCUAACUCUGGGAAUGAAGAGAUAAUAUUUGCCAAAUAUCCACAAAGACAUACACUUUAGUCUUUUAGCCCAUAAAUUGAAAAACUAAAAACUUUCAAACAAGCAGGAAAUUCAAAAGCAUUCUCAUGUGAAGAGUGCUUGGUGGAUUUGUAAAACCCAUUUAAAGUACAAUAAGGGUAAAACCUCCACCAAAGCCCAACAGUCCCUUUUAAAUUCAAUCAAACUGCACCAAAUUUCACCCAAUUCGCUAAACAUUCCCCAUCACGAUCCAUGAAUUAGUCCCUGUGAAAGAUAUACAAAAAACGACAUCGCAUUGUAAAAUAAAUUUACAAAAGAAUUCCUGGUUCCACAAAUAGAUUAAACAGAUUCUUUUCUUCCGCAUCCCUCUACCCAGUUUCCUAGAAAUCCAUUCCAUCGUUCUUUGUGUUAUCCUGCUAACAAAUCAACAAACAGUGUGAUCUGAAUGUAUUUCCGCUCCUCAGCCUGGAACAUACCAGCCUGCCAGCCAGCUGUGUCAACAAGUGGGGCAGCAGUGCUCAAAAGUUAGAAAUGGGCUGUUAUCAAAAUGCUUUAUCAACCAGACACAUUUAAAGACAAGUAUCUUCACUGAUUUAGCCGAUUGAUAAGUUCUCUGUUUGUAUAUAGCUACAUUCUGACCAGAAAAUAUGGGCAAGAUGGCAAAAGGUUAGGAAAACAAGGCCUUUUAUAGAACGCUGUCUCCAUUUUGUUUGAAAUCCAGCUGCAUCAUCGGUGAACGACUCUGAAACUUGCUGCAUCACUACUUAAUUCUUGAUCGUCCAGUUUUAUCGAACAGGUCAUCAGAAGCUGUAAAGCGUAGAAACCUAGAUCCCUUUUUGCCCCGGGCGAUACUGUGAGUGACGAGGGAUCGACUCAUGUGUGGUGUGCCGGAGCGUGACUGCUCACAUUAAGGUGGAUACACCCUCGGAGCGUGUAUCCACAAGCGCACGUCAUGUGAGCGCUCAGGAAUUUGGGCAAUGUAGGGAAACGUUAUCCUCCACUGACUUGUCAUUCAUGCCCUGAUGAUGCACCGGUUAAUCGUCAUCUCCCUGGUUUUUAUUUCCUGUUUUCACGUGGUCUCGACUGGGUGUCAAUUCUUGCACCAACCCAAAUGUCCGUUGAUUGUUUGUACAUUUUCAGCAGAUGGGACAUCAGACGUGUCAGAUAUUUUAUUAGUUUGGUUAUUGGUUUCUCGUUUUUUUUAUUUGUAUGUAAAUUAUUUGGAAAGAUAACAAGUAAUCAAGAAUGGGAUGCUAACUAAGGAAGCUACCUCCUCGACUGUAGUGGCUACCAGCAAUGCUUUGUAAGAGAAUAGUCUAUUUUAAUUUGUUGUUGCUCUUUGUUUGCAUUCUCAGUUUUAUGUUGACACGUGGUUGUACAUCAUCAUUUUAGUUUAAGAGCAAUUGUGGGAGGAAUCUAUGUACUAUAAGCUGUGAUUUUAUUUUCUAAAUCAAAAUAUAGACUAUGAAUUGUUUCUGUUUUUAUCUUUUUAUAGACAAACCUGCAGAGUAAUACAGCUUAUGAAAAAAAUCUCUUAAUUUCAAUUCAAAUUCAAUUUUAUGUGUCUCCCCAAGUUGUUGUUUUUUUUUUGUUCAAGUAGCCAAAUGAUUCUACAUUGUGUAUGAAUAAAGUUGACGAAUACAA